AUGCAUUCUUACCAGACACAUCCUGAUGACUAUUCGCCAAAGUUUGUUGCCAUUGGCAUCGAUUUCGGAACGACUUACUCGGGCGUUUCUUGGGCACGAUCUACCAAUCCCAAAGAAGUCAAUUCUAUCACUGGUUGGGCAUCUGAGGAUCAUCGCAACCAGAAUGAAGUUCAAGUGCCAACUCUUUAUGACAUUGAUUCAGGCAAAUGGGGUUUUGAAAUCACGCCUGAUAUGAAGCCUAUGAAGUGGUUUAAGCUCCUGCUACUGAAGAACGAAGACAUCGCCAAAGAAGAGAUUCGCAAUGCAACCCAACUCCAACAGGCUAGAGACAUCUUGUCCAGCUCCCGGAAGAGACUUACGGCAGUACAGGUCGUCGGCUACUACCUGAAGAACGUGUGGGAUCACACCUAUACAGCUCUCAAGUCCAUGCUGGAUGUAGACAAUCUACCCCUGCGUGUUGCCAUUACCAUCCCCGCCAUCUGGCCCGCCUAUGCACAGAGUGCGAUGAGGGAGGCUGCCAAGAUUGCGGGAAUCACGAAGUACAGAGACAUUGGAGAAACGACUCUCAUACUCGUACAAGAGCCCGAGGCUGCCGCGUUGGCGAGUCUGUUCCAAAGAAACUCUUCUCCGGAGAUACAAGUACAUGAAUCGUUUGUUGUUUGUGACGCGGGCGGCGGUACCGUAGAUGUCAUCAGCUAUAAAGUUGUCUCUGAACGCCCCUUCAAACUGGAAGAGUGCGUCCCAGGAACAGGAAAGCUGGCUGGCGCUUUCCAGAUUGACCAAGCAUUUGAAUCCUACGUCCGUGGUAAGGCUAAGCUGAAGAUCAGUGCUCUCAAGGACUUUGAUUACAAUCAGUUUAUUUUGCGGGAGUGGGAACUCGGCGCAAAAAGAAGUUUCAGUAUUUCUAACGCUCAAGAAAACUAUCACCUACACCCACCAAGUAAAGCCUAUGGCAGGCUUGCUCGGCUCAGACACAAAGACACCCUGAUCAUCAGCAAUGAGGAAAUGACGGGGUUCUUCAACAGAUCUCUUACAGGCAUUCGGACUCUGGUUGGGAAUCAAUGCAAAGAGGUCGAAGAAGAAACAGGGAAACCGCCAAAGAAAAUCCUCCUCGUUGGGGGUUUGGGUAGCUCAGAGUACGUCUAUGACAAGUUGACUGAAAUCUUCUCCAACAAGGUCCUCAGACCAAGCGAUGGAUGGUCCGCUGUCGCUCGAGGUGCGGUUCUACGGCUGCUACAGGAGAACAUUUCGUCUCAGCCAGUCCAUUCACCAGAAGAUCAAGAAGUUCUCAGAAUUCUACCAGAUGUUAUCUCUCGACGAUCAAGGUACCACUAUGGAAUUGUGGUCAGCACCUCCAUCAAAGGUUUAGAUCUUGACCCUGAGGAUGUAAUUACUAUUAAUCCAGAAGGAUUCGAGAGAGUGUCAAGAAUGAGGUGGUAUUUGCUCAAGGGUGAAAAGAUCGAGAAGAAAUCGCGGAUUCCUUUCUUCUACAGCCACUAUUACCGUUCUCAAGAUAUCCCCGAAAAGUGCGCCUUUAAAAUCGUAUACAGCGCUGAGGAUCCAGCACCAAAGAGAUCAAACUCUGCCGUGUUGAGCUUGUGUCGGAUUGAGUGUGACUGGGACAAGCCUAUCACCGAGUGGCAACCAGUAGGGGAUCCAUCGGAGGGAUGGAGAAAGCACAAUGAUCUUGAGCUUACUAUGGGAUUGCAAGGUGAGCCGAAGUGGGAGGUUCGUGUUGGGUCUAAUAAGCGUGAACAUAAAUUCAAUAUCGAGUAUGCUAGUUAG